AUGGCAGGCUAUCCUGGCUUGGGCUUGAUGGGACUUAUAUUGCUACAGAUUACAGCUCCCAUAUGCCAUGGCCAAGGUUGUCCACAUGUCUGUGACUGUGUACCCCAGAGGAAGUCUGUAAAUUGUCAGAACAAGCACCUGAAUUCUUUUCCAAAUGGAAUUCCAACUGACACGAAGUUGCUAGACCUGAGUAGAAAUAAGUUACGGUGGGUGGAACAUGGCGACUUGGAAGCCUACACACAUUUGGAGGAUUUGGAUCUUACUGAGAAUCUUAUCAGUGUGCUUGAGCCCAGUACUUUUUCCAGUUUACUGAAUCUACGUGUGUUACGCCUACGUGCCAACCAGUUGAAGCUGGUGCCAAUGGGUGCCUUCUCACAUCUUGCCAAUCUCACAGUUUUGGACUUGAGUGGAAAUAAAUUGGUUAUAUUGGUGGAUUUUACUUUCCAGGAUCUGCGGAGGCUCCAAAAAUUAGAGGUCGGUGACAAUGAUUUGGUGUAUAUAUCAAACAAGGCAUUCUUGGGUUUGAUUGGUCUACGGGAACUUACUAUUGAGAAGUGCAACCUGACUUCUAUCUCAGGACAUGCUCUUUCCUAUCUCCGUGGCUUGGUGUCACUACGACUACGCUACCUCAAUAUUGUCUCAUUAGAGGAACAGAAUUUUUAUAAGCUGGGAGGACUCCGUGGUCUAGAAAUUGACCACUGGCCAUUUUUAGAGUACAUUUCCCCAUACAGUUUCCAGGGCCUCGAUUUAUCCUGGCUUUUCAUUACCAACACCAACAUUACUACAGUUCCAACUGGUGCACUACGUAAUCUUAUCCAUUUAGACAAUCUGAAUCUCUCACACAACCCCAUUUCUGUUCUUGAAUCUUGGGCUUUGCGUGAUCUGAUCAAUUUGAAGGACUUGCAUCUUGUGGGCACCAACUUGAUGUGUGUGCAGCCUUAUGGCCUUGGAGGUCUGCAGCAGAUACGUUUACUCAACCUGUCAAACAAUAGGCUAGUGACACUAGAAGAAGGUGCUUUUCACUCUGUAAACACCCUGGAAAUGCUUCGGGUUGAUGGUAACCCUCUGUCUUGUGACUGCCGUCUAUUAUGGAUCCUGCAGCGCCGCAAGACCCUUAACUUCGACGGCAAGUUCCCAGUUUGUGCAGGACCCAUUCAGGUGCAAGGUAAAGCUCUUAGCGCCUUCUCUGACUCAGCACUCAUUGACCACUUCACAUGCCAACGACCAAAAAUCCGCAACCGAAAAUUACAACAGCUAUCUGCACGUGAGGGUCAGGUUGUAUCAUUUUUUUGCCAAGCAGAUGGAGAACCAACUCCAACCAUCUUCUGGAUUUCACCUCAGCGCCGCCGCAUCACUACCAGAAGCACUGGUCGUCUUAUAGUGCUGCCAGAGGGCACAUUAGAAAUCCACUAUGUCCAAGUAACAGAUAGCGGAACCUAUAUAUGCAUUGCCAGCAAUGCAGGUGGCAAUGACACCUACUUUGCCACAUUAACGGUCAGUGGUAUACCCUUGGAUGCAGGUCUUUCAGCAAAUCGCACUUAUGUUGGUGACCUCGAUGCCACUAAUCUGAAUGACACGCAUGUCUUCCUAAAGUUCACGUUAGACCUCAAGACAAUUUUGGUCUCAACAGCAAUGGGUUGUAUAACUUUUUUGGGUGUAGUAAUCUUCUGCUUCUUGCUUUUGUUUGUGUGGAGUCGUGGACGUGGACAGCACAAAAACAACUUUUCAGUGGAGUAUUCCUUCAGAAAGGUGGAUGGCCCUGCAAGCAGUGGGGGCCACGGAGGGGCUCGAAAAUUCAAUAUGAAAAUGAUAUAG